UUGAAGGCUUUGUUGAUGAUGUCUGAAACAGUUGAUAUGCUACCUAAAUUUGAGAGCAAGGUUCACCCACAGCAAGUGACUCAGCAGCUGCAGCAGCAAAAAACACAUGGAAUAAAUCAAGCACGGGUUUCUGCUUCGUAUAAGCGCCUUGCUCUCGCCUCCUGGAUCAAGGAAAACAUUUGCAAGAAGGAAUGUUGCUUUUUUGAAAAAGAUGGAAGUGGGGAUGUGUGUAAGUGUGGCUACGCAAAAACUGAUCAUACGGACGAAGCCAUCAAGCCAGAAGACUUCACAGGCGAGUCGUGGAACAUACACAGACAUGUCCGCGAAGCGCCCACUGACGCUUUUGGAGACAUCAGCUUUGGUGGUUUGGGACAAAAGACAGGCAAGUACGCCCGAGUGUCCACAGACACCAGCCCUGAGAUCCUGUACCAGUUAUUGACUGAACAAUGGAAACUGUCCCCUCCCAAUCUACUGAUCUCAGUGACCGGAGGAGCCAAGAAUUUCUAUCUGAAGUCUCAUCUUAAGAACAUGUUCCACAGAGGGCUGAUCAAAGUGGCCCAGACAACAGGGACUGGUGUGACUAUUCCUGUGGUGUGUGUGGUUUUGGAUGGCGGACCAGGCACGCUGAAUACCAUCUACAAUGCUAUGCAGCAUGGAACACCAUGCGUGAUCUUGGAGGGCUCUGGGAGAAUAGCAGAUGUUAUUGCACACGUGUCAGGACUGCCACUAAUCCGAGUCACUAUUGCCCUCAUCCAGCAGUUGAUGAAGAAGUUUUUUGGUCAAGAGUAUGAACAAUUCUCAGAUGGCAAAAUCAUAGAAUGGACCAAGAAGAUUCAGGACAUCAUCAGGAUGUCACACCUGCUGACAGUGUUCAGAGUGAGCGAGGACUAUCACGGGGAUUUGGAUGUGGCCAUUCUUCAAGCACUACUCAAAGCCUCAAGAUCCAGUGAAUUCCUGGAAGUUGAAUGCUGGAAUAGGCAGCUGGAGCUGGCUAUAACCUGGGACCGGGUGGAUAUAGCUGAGACUGAGAUCUUCACUGAGGAGAGCCAGUGGAAGUCCAACGACCUCCACUGGGCCAUGUUCUCAGCCCUGACUGGCAACAAGCCUCAGUUUGUGAGUCUGUUGCUGGAGAACGGUGUGAAUCUGAGGGAUUUCCUGCAGGAGGAGGAAACUCUGUGUGAGCUCUACGCACAGCUGCCCAGCUGCUUCUUUCUGCGCAAGCUGGCUAAGCGGAUCCACAGUGCUCGAUGCAGCGGGAGGCAAGCUUUCGACAGGGAGCAAGGCAAAAAAAAGAUCUCCUUAACUUAUGUCUCUGAUGAGGUGCGCCACUUGCUGGGCAAGUUCACCCAGCCCCUGUAUCCUCCCUCCACCACCACAGACCAGUUAAACAUGUCCAUGGAUGAAACGUCACUGUCACCGUCUAAAAGUCAGACAAGUUCCCAAGCUCAGCUCAGGGAGGACAGUCCUGAAACACAGAGGGACCCGGGCACAGACCUUUUCCUUUGGGCUGUUGUCCAGAAUAACAAGGAACUGGCUGAAAUUGCCUGGGAGCAGUGUAGGGAUUGUAUGUCUGCUGCUCUGGCUGCCAGUAAGAUCCUGAAGAAAAUGGCACGAGAAGGAAGCGAUGCAGAUGAUACAGAAGAAAUGCGAGAACUCGCCAAUCACUAUGAGAAACACGCCAUUGGUGUCUUCACUGAGUGCCACAACAGUGACGAGUCGCGCGCUAAGAAACUGCUGGUUCGCAUGUCACACUUGUGGGGCAGAACGACAUGCCUGCGGCUGGCACUCGAGGCAGAUGACAAAAACGUCAUAGCUCAGUCUGGUGUUCAGGCUCUGCUGACUCAGAUCUGGUGUGGUAAGCUUUCAGUAGAGAACCCUGUGUGGAGAGUGCUGAUCUGCAUGGUGUUUUUCCCUCUUAUCUACACUGGCUUUCUGUGUUUCAGACAUGAUGAAAUCAUCCAGAGAGAAACUGCGAAAGACGAGGAGAUGAAGACAGUGGAGAACCUGACAGGAAGCACACUUAGAAGAAAUGGUUAUGGCCCCUUGAAGCCCAUGAAGCAUCUGGGCUGCUGGUCCAGGCUGAUGUACCUGUACACCUCCCCACAGGUUAAAUUUUACUGGAACAUUGUAUUUUAUUUCGCCUUCCUCUUCCUGUUUGCUGUGGUGCUGAUGAUCGAUUUCCAGAAGACGCCCUCUGCUGGCGAGCUGCUGCUUUACAUCUGGCUGCUCUCGUUGGUGUGCGAGGAGGUCAGACAGCUCUUUCAUGAUCCAGAUGGUUUUGGGUUUCGUAAGAAAGCCAAGAUGUACAUCAAUGAGUUUUGGAAUAUUUUAGAUGUCCUCUCCAUCGUCUUGUUCCUUAUCGGCCUUGCAUUUAGGCUGACAACAGAGCUGUUUUAUCUGGGUAAAAUCAUCCUCUGCAUCGAUUUUGUGGUCUUCUGCCUCCGUCUCAUGGCCAUCUUCACUAUCAGCCGAACCCUCGGACCCAAAAUCAUCAUAGUCAGAAAGAUGAUGAUGGACAUGUUCUUCUUCAUGUUCCUCCUGAGUAUCUGGGUGGUGGCUUAUGGCGUCGCCAAACAAGGCAUCCUCAUCCACAAUGAAAAUCGUCUGGAUUGGAUCAUCCGUGGGGUGCUUUACGAGCCAUACCUCAUCAUAUUUGGCCAGUUUCCCAAAAAUAUUGAUAACACUGAGUUUGACAUGAACUCUUGCAGCGUGAAUGCUACAGAUCCCCUGAAGCCUAAAUGUCCCGUGUUGAACGAAAACCAGAGCCCGGUUUUUCCUGAAUGGCUCACCAUCAUCAUGCUUUGUGUUUAUUUGCUCUUUGCCAACAUACUGCUGCUCAACCUCUUAAUAGCAAUUUUCAACUUUACAUUUGAGGAAGUCCAGGACAACACAGACAAAAUAUGGAAGUUUCAAAGAUACGAGUUAAUUAAGGAGUACCACAGUCGACCUGCUGCCCCUCCUCCUUUCAUCAUCUUCAGUCAUAUCUACCUCUUCAUCAGAAGCAUGGUGCUGCGGAGGCCCCCCAAAAUAUACAAAGAGUUCAAGAAUGAGCUCAACCCGACAGAGGAUGAGGAGCUGCUGACCUGGGAGUCCUUGAUGAAAGACAGAUACUUGGUGUCUGCACGGCAGGAGCAGAGCCAGAGCACGGAGAGACGCAUCUUGGACACAGCCCAGAAGGUUAACAUCAUAACUGAUCUGCUGGAGAGAAAUGGGGAAACGAGUGCUGCUGCCAUGCUGAAAAGACUGACUCAACUUGAAGAGCAGGUCAGCCAGUCUACUAAAGCCCUGCAGUUGAUUAUGGAUAGUCUGAAACCUCAGGGUGUGCCCUCAAAAGACACACAGUCACGGACUCCAGCUGUCGUAGAUGAGACCCCAGAUUCUUUCAGGAAUGCAUCUGAGAAAGGAAGCGGUUUCCACGUGAAUUCCCGUCAGUUUUCCUACCCAAACAGCAAACUCACGCGCUUCCCUGUGCCUGAGGAGAAGGUGCCCUGGGAGGUCAGUUUCAGCUCAUACAAACCAACUAAUUAUACCUCUGACGACAGCAAAGACCAUGUGGAUGGAUCAGAACCAGAAGCCUUAGCUAAUUACAGAAACCCAGGGGGGAGGACGGGCAUCAGUGGGCGUGGGGCACUGAGCUGCCUGGGUCCAAACCUCAGUGUAGAGCUUGUGAUUACACGCUGGCGAGACAGUGAGAAGUCAGUUCUGGAGUACCUGGCAGUUUGUGACGAGAGUCGAAGAACUUUAGCUUUACCUGCAGGCCCUGUUGAUUCUGCUGAUAAACUGCCACCAACUCUUAAAAAAACGAUGGGAAAAAAGCUGUGUGAAACGAUCAACGCAAAACUGUCAGAGGGAACAAAGGUGUUUGAGGGUUAUGUGGAUGACUGCAGGAACACGGAUAACGCCUGGGUGGAAAUGACUGUCCUAAACAUUCACCUGGAUAGAAAAAGCCAGGUGAUGGUGGACAUCAACAACACGGUGCUGAGCAGUAACGGUGCUCUUCAGUGGCAGGAGGUGAGCAGCAAAGCCACACUUGGCUCAAACCAAAGAGAGUCGCUGCGGCUGGCUGCUGCGCUGCACAACAGGAAGUUCUGACAUUCACGACGCUGCGGCUGUAAAUGUGCCUCUACAUCUCCCCGUCACUGCUGCCUGUUUCAGGCAUGUCUUACUGGGAGGAGGCCCGGACAGCUGGAUCAGCUGGGCCUCUCUUCUAAGACCCCCUGCAACCUGAACCUGGAUAAGAAAUUGGAGGAAUAAUUAAAGGGGACUAGUUAUGUUAAUUUCCAGCUCUCUAUGGUUUUUUUUUUAAAGUAGCUUUGCAUGAUUCACAGCUCAAAAUAAUCCUUAUUUAUCUUUUCCUGACUAUGCAGCCCUUUAGACUAUCCCCUUUCUGUGCUCAUACCAUAUUGGGGAUAUGUACUCAGUGAUGACUUACAGAGCCAAGAAUAUUAUAAAAACAAGCACUCAGAUGACAGGGAUUACUUGAACAUAUAGUAGCCUUAUUAUUAGAAACUUCAGUGAUGUGUGAUAUGAGCCAUUGUUACAGUAUAUGUGUGACAGAAAAAGUGGAACAGAUCUCUUUUAAGUGAACAGAGUUCACUAAUUGCGCACAGGGUACUUUAACUUACAGUUGUCUAAUAGUAUGUAGCAGUUAUAGAGCUUAUUCUUUUAUAACACACAAGACAAUCAUCAGUAAUAAUAAUAAUCAUGUUACAACCUGGUGAAAUUAAAUAUUAAUCUACAUUUUUUUAGAUUGCCUUAAUGCACCUUUAUUUAAUUUGGAUAUAUUUUACUCGAUUUUUUUUUUUAUUCACUUGUAUUGAAGCAGUUUGACUUUGAGGCACUGCUGCUUGCUUUCUCGCCGAUAUCACUAUCUCCGUUUCCCUGAGUUUGUUUGCGUGUUGCACUCUCUCCCGUCCUGUUUAAAAGCAGAAAAGCUUGUGAAACACUUUUCUGCCCUGAGCUCAGCUUUUGUCCACCUGCCAAGCAUGCAGCGCUGCGCUAGUUUCGGAGCAGCCUCCGCGGGCUCUCAUUGGUGCAGCCAGAGGUGGCCAGACUACGCAGUAUCGGUUUCACUCCCUCCCCCGGCUGCCCAAUCGAUCACCUGUCCCGGCACGAAAUGAUCAAAAAUCAUCCCGAUUGUGUCUGUGUGUGCUUGAAAGAGCAGUAACUUCUAAACCGCGUGGAUUUGUUGUGACUUUAUGACCUGAAAGUUGAACUGUGUGCGCCGAGCAGGCACCAGAGUCCCGACCUCCCUCCCUCCUUCUCAGUUGUUAUUAUUUGUAUCUCCACCUCCCGGCAGCGCACGGACGCUAUUUUUAGCCACAACGUCAAAGAGAGACAAAAAAAAACAAAACGAAGAGUUCCCACUCUGGAGCAAAAAACAACUGUCCUCACAGAGUCACUGUUAGUCUGUACAAAGGUUGUUAUAGUUAACUAAAGCUAUAUAUAAAAACAUAUGGUUCAAUAGAACAAGAAUAGAAACUAGAUUUUUGAAGGGGAUUAAAAAUAACUGAAAUGAGUUGUGAAUUUGGAAAAAUGAAGUAAAAUAAAAACCGAAAAUAAACUUAGUUUAAUAUUUGGUAACGUUUGUUAUCAUAAUCUGCCUGGUGAGGCUUUGAAGAGCAUGCUUGUUACAAGACUUUAAGUCAGCUGCUUUCAGAAAGCUCUGCUUCCUUAUUGUAACACCUACAGCAAUUUCACUAAGUCUAGCCUCGGGCGUACGCCCUCGAAUACAAUAACCCUUCAAAAGAAUAGAACCUAAUGCUGAAACUAAUAAGACUAAACCAAAACAAGCAAACUGAAACUAAACUGAACUACAAACAAAAGUCACAAUGAAAUAACAAUAAAAACCAAACGUAGAAUAACUUGGGUGUGUAUGUUGACAGGCCCCAAGUUAUUUUAAACCAAUAAAAUGACAUGUUAUGCUCAUCAUAUUUUAUACAUCUUUUUCUAUUGCUUUGUGUUUAUCAUACCAACACUGUUUAUAGUUUUCAAUCAUUUUUAUGGUAAAAUGAAAUUAAGGCUUUUCGCUGACUCCUCUAGUGCACAUUGAAGGGUCCCCUCAUACCUUCUGGGCCCUUGAGCUGCCCUGUGGAAAGUUACGCCUUUGCACAGGUGUAAAUAUUUAUCAUGCUGUGUGAAAUAUACUCAAUUAUUGAGCCUUAAGAGAGAAAAAGAAGCACUGAAGCGAUAGCCUUAAAAUUAAAGAACACAUGAGCUGUUCCUUCAGGAAAUUACUGCCAGUUUUUAAAUUGAAAUCUGAUUUACAGCAGAUGUUAUUGGUUUACUUUGUGUAAUGAAGUGGGGGCAAUCAAGAAAGUCUUAGGGAGUAAAAACUGUUUACAGUAUGUCAUAGAAAAUUAAGUUAGUCUCAAA